UGACAUGGCUACGUAGUUGCCAAUGUGCACCGCCUAUGAACAUUGCGCUGGCUUAAAGAGCGGAAAAGUGAUUACACAUUCUCUCGUGAGCCUGGCCGCUCUCAGUUUUCUCUCUGCUGUUACAAUGAUUUCGGUAUAAAAAAAACUGCAACUAUGUGCGACGAUUUAAAGAGCAACCCUUUUGCUGGAUUAUUCUCGACAAAUAAUGAUGCUGUAUCAUUCUCGUCGCAGCAUCCUGCCAAUGCGAGUAACAAAAGCUGCAAUACUGAUCGCACCGAAUUAUCGUUGGACACAAUUAAGGAUAAGUGUGAGAACACAACGGAAUCGGUAAUUUCGAGUGACAAAGUCGAUCAGCUUCUGGCACAGGUAUUCGGCUUAACGUUGCGUCGAGAUAACUUUGCUCAAAGAUGUCUGGUGUUUAUUGAUGCUGAUUCAAUCGGAAACGCCGUCUUCGAGCGCUUGAUGUUGUCAAAUCCCAGAUCUGUGUUAACAAAUUAUAAUAAUGAUAAAUGUGCAAAGGAUAUCGAUAAUCAUAUCGUUGAAACAGAGGUUAUAACUUAUCUUUACGAGUGUUACUGUCGUCUAAAGCGUUAUCAGACAGACAGCUGUCUGGAAGAUACUAAACGAAACGCUUGUCAAAUUGUACUAAGAAAUGUCGAUACACUUUUAGAAGAACCUGAUUUAUUUCAAAAUCAGAAGGUUUAUGAUCAGUUUGUUGCUUUAUUUACUGAUGACAUUGUAUCAAAGUCAGAAUUACUUGCAUUUGUUAGUGAUAUAGUGGAAGAAGUAACAAAUGCAAAUCCAGAAAGUGAUAUAGAGGACAUAAUCACCAAGUCAUUCAGUCCUAUUCUUGAUAUUGUUCAUAAAAAUGUAGUUCAAAGCAACCUCUUUACCUUUCGUCAACAGUGGUUUGAUUUAUUAUAUGUGUUUUCCACUAUUGAACCAUUAGGAAAGUUAAUACUUCGUCAUAGCACACCAAAAAAUAAUCAAGGCUGUGCAUAUUCGGAUACAUUAUUGGGUGCAUUCUUUAGCAUAAGCUGUCUACCAAAAACAGCUAAGGAUCCAUAUGAUUUGUUUGAUAAACCUUUAUGGCAACAAAAUACUGUAAUGGAAGGUACCAUAUGGACAGCCAUGAAUAGCUUAAAUGAAGCUCUGCAUAGAAUCUUUCACUCUUUACUUAAGUGCUCCACAGAAGUUCGUCAUUUAACUCUUCAAUGGCUGGGUAACUGUCUUCAUAUGAAUGCAAAUAGAGGAAAACUUUGGAACUCUCAUAUGGAAAGAGGAUUAUUGGGAGUGCUGUGUGUGUCAGAUGGUUUUAUGCUCAAUAUGGGUUAUGUAUUGUUGCGGCUUUGUCAACCAUUUUGUGUUAAAGUGAAUGAAACCAAAAUACCAAAGAUAGAUCCUACAUACUGCAGUGCUGAGGCAAAAGAUGAAACCGAAAGUCUACACCGUGGUAUACAUCUGAAGGGCUUGAAUUCGGAAACAUGUUUGAUACCAACUCUGGAAGGUGAAACUCGACCAGUUGCAAAAUCAUUUGGAUUUACAACAGAAUGUUUUUUCCUUACGCAUCGUGCGUUAGACCUUGGCUACAGAGUUAUACUGGAUAAAUUUUUCAAAACGAAUCAAGAUUUAGGUAGGAUACAAAGAGCUUUCAAUGAUGCUCGAGAUGGCGGUAGCUCGGAAGUACGAGAUCUUAUACUACAGCGAAUGAAUACUGAAUUGGCAAAGUGCUUAUCUCUUAAAGCAAGUCUUCAAGUGCCGGAAAUGUUGGAGCAUUUGGCGAAAUUCCAUGCAAUGACGGCGUUUUGGCUGGUACAAGUAAAUCUACACGUUGUAAAUGAAAAAGAAGACAAUUUUGCGCCGAAGCAUUAUAAGCCUGUUACAUUCCCAUUACCGGAAGUUGUUCCAAUUACAUUAAGAUGCAUACCUGAGUUUGUAGUAGAAAAUACCAUCGGAUUUUUAUAUUUGUUACGUCGCGUAAGUUCAAACACAUUUGAGGAAGAAGGUCCGAAUUUUUUGAAUCCGAUCUUAACAGAGAUUAUAGUUUUGAUGGAGUCUCAGCAUCGUCUGUACAAUCCGCACUUGCGCGCACACUUGGCUGAAAGUUUGGAAUCACUCUUGCCGACUACGGACGAAAACGUUAUUUCGCCUUCUCCUAAUUUAGGAACAUUUCACAGAGAACAGUUAUUUAUUACUCAUCCACAUAGGCAACAGAUAGUUGUAAAUUUGCUACACGUGUUCGUAAGUAUCGAAAUGACCGGACAGAGUGUUCAAUUCGAGCAAAAGUUCAAUUAUCGUCGUCCGAUGUAUAUCGUCAUGGAUUAUCUGUGGAAACUUGACGAGCAUCGCAAAAACUUUGUUGUUUUAGCUAAAGAAGCAGAAAGCAAUAUGGAAGCCGUUCAACCGCCUUUAUUUCUACGUUUCAUUAAUCUCCUAAUGAAUGAUGCUGUUUUUCUCUUGGAUGAAGCCUUAUCAAAUAUGGCACAAUUGAAGCAGAUGCUUCAAGCCAGGGAAAGCGGAGAAUGGAAUAAUUUACCGCUGAACGAACGCGAACAACAGGCACAAUAUCUUCAGCAUAUUGGUAUGAUUGCUCGUUUCGACAAUAUUCUAGGCAGAAAAACUAUACAAACAAUAAAGAUGCUAACUACCGAGAUAAAGUCUAUCUUUUGUCAUCCGACCAUGGUGGAUCGUAUCGCUUCUAUGCUCAAUUAUUUAUUACUACAAUUAGUAGGUCCGAAUAAAAAAAAUCUUAAGGUAAACGAUCACAAGGAAUACGCGUUUGACCCGGCGAAUUUAGUGUUGAACAUAUGCGAAAUAUAUAUUAACCUGAGUAAAAGUGAAAGCUUCACAUUAGCUGUAUCGCAAGAUGGACGUUCUUAUAGCUCAGAACUCUUUAAACUUGCGGAAAAUGUACUUGUUCGUAUCGGCGGUGUGGGAAUUUUGGGAGAUCUUGCUCUGUUUGCAAAAAGCGUGAAAAGAGCUGCAGAUCAAAAGAAGGAAGAGGAUGAAAUUCUGACAGGUAUCCCUGAUGAAUUUUUAGAUCCGAUUAUGUCAACUGUCAUGAACGAUCCUGUAAUUUUGCCAUCAUCGAGAAUAACAAUCGAUCGUCAAACUAUAGCAAGGCAUUUGUUGAGUGAUCAAACUGAUCCUUUUAAUAGAUCUCAACUUACUAUGGAUAUGGUGAAACCAAAUGUCGAACUGCAGCGGAAAAUAAAAGAGUGGAUUUUGCAGAAAAAACAAGAGAAAGCAUUAAGCAUAAAUACAUAAUUUAUUAUUAAUUACUAUUUUCUAGUGAAACACAAUGUCAAACAAGUAAAGAACAAAUUGUAAGGUAUUAACAAGUUGACUGCCGUCGCGCAAAAUUUGUCGAUUGUUUUACGAUAUUGAUACGAUAUGCGUAUCUGUGUUGUCUCACAAAACUCGACGUAGCAGUGACCGUGUUAAAACUGAUGAUGCACAUCGAUAUGAUAACAUUUCAAAAAAUGAAACAAACAGAUGAACAUAAAUUUUAUUAUUUGUUUAAUCUAUUUACGACAAGCAAUUUUGUAUACACACUUGGCAAUGUACAUAUAUAUAUAUAUAUGUAUAAUAUAUAUAUAUAUAUAUAUAUAAAUUAUACAAAGGGUUAUACCCUUAUAGAAAAAAUGUUCAACUAUUGACUGUAACGUAUGAAAUCACGUUCAACUUGGCCGUAAACACUCAAAAUUGAACGUAUAACGCUGAAUAUUGAAAGUUUACGGUCAAGUUGAACGUGAUUUCGUACGUUACGGUCAAGAGUUCAACGUUUUUUCCGUAAGGAUAAAUAAAUAUAGAAUCACCACAAUUAGCAAUUUUAACUAAUAUAUAAUAAUUAUUUAAUACGAUAUAUUAUGGUGUUAUUAUAAAUAAUGUCAACAUAUGUCAGUGUUAAAUAAUGCAAAUUCUAUAAAUUUCUGCAUUAUAAAAAAUAAUUAUAUUUAGUACAAGAUAUAUGUCGCAGUAUAUAUUAUAUUUUAUGUAUGUUAUAAUAUAAUAUUAUGAAUAUAUAGAUUUAAAAGUAUUCAAAAAAAACCUGUCUAAGUUUCAUAAUUUUUCGAAUUUCUGUGUAUGCUGAGGUGGAUUUGUUGCGUAAUCUGUGCAUUAUUUACAUUUUAAUUCAUUAUUAAUGUCAAACGUGAAGUUAAUAAAUUGUGUCACAGUAUAUACGUAUAAUUUACAAAAUAAACAAUAUAAAAAAAUAAGAUUUGCAGCAUAUGUUUACAUAUUUUUGUAAUAAUUGAGAUAGCGUGUAAAAUAGUGAAACAGUUUUUUAUAACAUUAAAAAUAUGUAUACUCUCCACAUAUAUAUUUAAUGAAAACUAUAUAAUAUAAAAAUAUGUAGGUUUUUUUACAAAUUUCUCAUAAGAUCAUGAAAAUUUGUGACAAA